CUACGGAGCAUAGCGGCACGCACCAGUUACAACCGUUCGUGAUUGCUGACUGCGGUGCGAAACUCUAUCAGAGGCCUCUCGGGCAGACAGUAGGCGGCCCUCCACUAUGGCUUCGGUACAGGUGUCCGACGGCACCGGCGCGUCCAGUAACACUGGCAAUAAUAACAAUAAUUACAACACGUCCAGCUCUUCCUACGCCAAUGUACUGUUAAACAUGAAGGAACAGGGCAAGGAGGCCUCGCAGCAGCAGCAAGCCGACAGCAACAAAGAAAACAUCGGGGGCGGCGAGUCAGUGAAAAUCGGUGGUAAAAGUAAACCGGCAACCGGUAUAUCGGCUACUGCGAUCAAGGAUUCCACCACCAUGUUCAGCACAUCAACAGCGCCGACGACGUCGGCCGGUGGAAGUGACGGCACCAAAGAGACGCACAAGGCUCCCGAAGCCCAAAGUUGGGCCGACGACCUUGAGGAUGAUGCCAACUUUGUUCCAGUCGUGUCCCAUCACAAACGUGAUCGCAAAGCCAAAGCUGCCGCAGCAGCAGCGGCCGCUGCUGCUGCGGCUGGCCACAGCGGAGGGGCCUGUAGAUCGUCGAUCGUAGACAAAUCAUCCAGCAGUGUCGCCGCUGGUGGUAAUGGGAGAGGUAGUUCAUAUAAGAAGGAUAACAAACGUAAAUCUAGUGACCGAAGUCGUGCUCAUGCGAACACGCUAGACCAAGCGGGCAAGGACGAAAAGGUGGCAGUGGAAGGAGCGGAGAGUGGUGUUAGUAAACAACAGCACGCCGCAACCAACAGUGGGGCCAUUUCCGCGGCAUCGGGCACUCCGUCGGACGAUGAAGAGCGCACCAAGGAGGAGUCGAAAAAGUUUGUGGAGGCGCCACUACCCAAGGUGAAUGCGUGGAAGGUAACGCCAACUGUGGAGCCAGCACCUAUUCUGUUGAGUGAAACACGGCCACAUGCUAAGUCAAACCCAUCGAACACCAAACCAUCAGCAGCUAUGUCCGUGGUGAGCGGUGCUGCUGCAGUCACUGUCAACACAUCUACAGCUUCAUACGCUUCGAUUCCGGACGGCGAGAAAUCUGGUGGUGCCACGGUUGGCACCGAAAAAAGCAAGCAACAGGGCGGCAAGUCUCAUGGAAAUGGUAACAACAAAACUGUAUCAAUCGAUCCAAACACCAAGUCGGUGGCUGUAUCGGUACCAACCGGUGGUGGCCGUUCUGAUAAAAAACGCUCCAAUGCGAAGUCAACGAAUUUCACGGCCAACAGUGGAGAAUGGCCAUCGCUGGGCGAGAGAAGGGCGGUCAACGAGGGGUCGAAAAAACCAAACGAAUCGACGGUACAACAACAGUUGCCGAUGCAAGCUACCGGAACACGUGAUCAUAAUCUUAGUGCGAAAGCGGGUGGAAAUGGAGACAAACCCACCGAAGUGGCUUUGGGUUCUCAGUCACCAAAACAGCAAAGCAACAGUGCCGCUGUGGAGCUUUGUGGCAGUGCGACGACUUCCCCGAGAGCUGAGGACCAUUCAAGCUCGCAAAACAUACUACUUACAGAAGAAAACAAUUCUCGCGCCACGGCUCCUGCAGCCAACAGUGGUGCUGAGACCGAUGCAACCAAGAAGGCACCCUUGUAUGUGGUGCCGCAAAUGGUGGAAUCGAAAUCAAAGACUGCAAAUAAUGCGGCAUUGUCGUGCGGUAGUGCUCCUGCUCCUGCUGCUGGUAGUGAUAAUCCAGCCACAGGCAAUGUGUUCAAGUCAAAUGGCGGUGGAGUUUCCGAUUUGAGUGGUAUUUCCCACCCACCGGCCCAACAUAGUCGUCCACCACACAGUGCUCGUGGAGUGUUAGCGACCGGCACAGGGGAGGAACUAAACGGUAGUACGGCGGGAGCACAAACAAACCGUAAAGGUCCCAAACCGAAAUGGGUACCGCUGGAAAUUGAGUUGCCAAAAUCGCGCGUCAGACGAGAGCGACCGCCCAGGCAUCGUUUUGAAGAGAAUGGGUCGACCAGUUGGCGCCAAGAGGCUCCAGCGCACUCUCAUCAGCAACCGCAGCCUCAGCAGCAGCACCAACAACAGCAGCAGCAGCAGCAGCUUCCGAUGCGUGGUGCAGCGGCUCUGGCGAACCGUGUCAAUAACCGGAUAAGAUCGUCACGCGGUGGUGGCCCUCCGCCGACUUAUCGUGGACGAGGCAGCGGGCGAAUUUCACGUGGUGGCGCAAUCGGUGGAUAUCGACGGGGUGUUCCGGUGCGUUCCGGUGGCGGUAUGGGUGGUCGAUCGUUGGGUGAACGCGUCUUAUCGGUGGCUGGAGCGGGUGGCGGCGGUGUGGCUGUCGUUGUUGGUGCCGAAAAUGGUACCGGACUGGAGGUUGGAUUUCAGGAUUUCGGUACGAUGAACACCAAAAUCGGAUCCGACCAAGCAGCGUUUAUCAUGCCUUACCUGAGCACCUUCUACUACAAUGGUUCGCCGUUGAUCGGAAUGGACCAGCUGAGUAUCAAGGAGUGUAUAAAGACCCAGAUAGAAUAUUACUUCAGCGAAGAUAAUCUGAAUCGAGAUUUCUACCUAAGGCGAAAGAUGGACAGCGAAGGGUUUCUUCCGGUGACUCUGAUCGCCUCAUUCCACCGGAUACAGGCACUGACGGCCGAUAUCAGUAUCAUUAUCGAAGCCAUCAAAGAAUCGGAUAAGUUGGAGCUUGUGGAGGACUAUAAAGUGCGCACAAGCACCGAACCGACCAAGUGGCCUAUCGAUCCAGCGAUCACACUCGUGAAUGGUGGUUUCGGAUUCAAUGCCACAAAACAUCCACUAGACCAUCAGCACCAAGAGACACUGCCGCCAGCACAGCCGCAGGAUGCAAACGAAACACAUCCGGUUAAGCAGCAGCAGCAGCAAGCCCAGCAACCGAAAGGUUCAACGCAGGCAGCACAGGCGGAUACUAGUGAACCUACGACGGAUACCGUUCCCCGUUUGCAGGUGGUAUCAAAAAUUCUGUCAAGCAUCCCGCCGCCUCCAUUGCCGCGCAAUAUACGCAAUCCCAUCUCCAAGCCUGUGAAAGCAGUUCCGCUAAUGAUCCCAACCGUAAACGUGGCACCAAUGGUACAACCGUGCUCGGUGAAAGAGGUGGCCACAAAGCUAGCAAAAACACCCAUUGUUGUUACGUCUGUUGUCGGUAGCGGUGAGGAAAAUCUGAACCCCUACGUUCCGGAGUUUGUUCCGGCGUCGGCAAGUGCAGCAAACGCGACGUCAUUGGCAAAAAAUAAGGAGCGUUCGGGAAACGCCAAAAAGAGCGGUGAGCAACCGGCCGUGAAGAAGGGCGCCGAUAAAGCGGCAGGAAAAACGGUUGAAUCGAAAGGAGGAAAGCAGCAGAGCGCCAGCGGUGGCGGCGACAGUAGUAACCCCAAGCCUAGUGGUGGCAAUAGCGGGGCUUUUGCGGGCGAAUCUGGGGCGGCUAGUACUGCCGAAAACACUGAAGAAGGCGAUAAAGACCAGCAGCAGCAGCCGCAUGAGGCAGCUUUGUGGAAGGAGGUUAAGAGACGAUCGCGAUCGGCACAACCACAUCAACAGCAGCACCAAUCGCAGCAACCGCAGACUAAACAUAGCAGCGGUUCUGUCAGCAGUGACUUACCCGGCGGUGAAAGUGACCGGCAGCCAAAGAAGGGCGGAGCACAAGGUGGGGCAUCGGUGGUCGCGGUGGCCGGAGCAGCUCAAGCAGAUCCGGCCGGCGGCAACGUUGCGGUGACCGCUGGCACCGGGGAAACUCAAUUGGGAGUCACGGCGCCGUCCUCCGAGGAGCGAGAAGAAUUAGACUUCCAGUUCGACGAAGAACUAGAUAUACCACGGGGCUGUGGUGGACGCGUUAAUCAUUUUACCGACAAUUGGUCCGAUGACGAGGACGAGUCGGAUUACGAGAUACCGGAUACCGAAAUCAAUAAGCUGCUCAUCGUGACACAGGUUACGUCCCAUCGUGCACCGAAGCACGAUGGAUACGAUCGUACCGGUGACUUCACGACUCGCACCAAAAUCACCCAAGAUCUCGAGCGUAUCAUUAACGACGGACUGCACAACUACGAGGAGGAUCUGUUGACGACCGACACGGGACGACGUGGAGGUGUUAGCGGGCACCGCGCUUACCGUUCGGUCAAUCUGAUAACGCAGGAAGAGUUCGACAAGAUCGUACCGAAGCUGACGGCAAAGGCGGGUAGCCAGGGGCAGCAGGAGAUGGCGGUAUCGCCGCCACCAACACCUCAGGACGUGCCACCGGUACCGGCAGGAGCGGGGCUUGUUACGCCGCCGCCACCGCCUCCGGCACCACCAUCAACCUUCGUGGACACGGAUCAUCGGCCGCUGGAGUCGGGGCUGUUGUCGUUAGAUGUGAGUGACCUGAACGCGAGUACGGCUUCGGCCAGCAACCGGCAUAAGGCGCGAUUUUUCGCCGUCAACAAGGAUGACUUUGUGGAUCCGAUAACUCCGCGCAAGCGCAAGACUCGCCACCUGAACAAUCCACCCGUCGAAAGCCACGUCGGCUGGGUGCUGGACGCCGUAGAGCACCGACCGCGCACGACUAGCAUCGGCAGCUCGGCCGGCACCAGUCCGACGGCCUCGAGCUACGGGUCUUUGCCGCACAGUUUGCCCGUCUUCCAGCAUCCGUCGCACGCGCUGCUGAAGGAGAACGGAUUCACGCAGCAAGUGUACCACAAGUACCACAGCCGGUGCCUGAAGGAGCGCAAGCGCAUGGGCCCCGGCCAGUCGCAAGAGAUGAACACACUGUUUCGCUUCUGGUCGUUCUUUUUGCGAGAAAACUUCAACAAAAACAUGUACAACGAGUUUCGCCAGCUGGCCAUCGACGACGCAUCGGACGGCUUCCGGUACGGGUUGGAGUGUCUGUUUCGGUUCUACUCGUACGGGUUGGAGAAAAAGUUCCGCCCACAGUUGUACGAAGACUUUCAGCAAGAAACGAUGGUUGACUAUGAAAAUGGACAACUGUAUGGCUUGGAGAAGUUCUGGGCAUUUCAAAAGUACUACAAAAAUGCUGCCAAACUGACGAUCGACUCCAAGCUGAAGGAGUUUUUGGCCAAGUUCAAGUCCAUCGAAGACUUCCGCGUGCUGGAACCCCAAAUCAACGAAAUGCUUGAGGGCGUGGGCAAUCUUAAAUCACGUCCCGCCAAACGCCGACCACGCAGCGUUUCCGAGAGUGAAGGUGUUGCGGUGGUGGUGGGCUCGGCGCCAGGUCCAUCGUACGCGAGUGGUAGUGGCUCUUCGACGGUGCCAGGUACCGGUAUCCGUCGCAUAGCAGUGGCGGGCCCAUCGGGGUACAACAACCCUGUCAAUGCUAACUACGGAAACCGCAAACGAUGCGAUUCAACGGGGAACAAAACGGUAGAAGUUUCUAACCGAUUGCGCACUAGAGCGGGUUCGUUCGGUGACACGACUCAGGUGCCGCGACGUCGGAGUGGUUCGGCCGGCAAUCGGAUUGUUCGGGCACACACCAACACCGGCUCCAGCCAACGUUCACUGGUGGCCAGUGGUGGCAACGUUGGGACACACACUGCCGGUGGCAGCAGCAGCACCAGCGGCGCAGGAGGUACUCACAGUAAACACCAACUUCACUACUCAGCAGCUGCUGGUGGCAGUAAGCUGAAACCGACGGUAUCCUACAAAACGGCAGUUCAAAGCAACCAUAGCAACCCAUCAGCAGCAGUAGCAGGAAAUAGUGGUCAAAGUCCCGCCAACCAACCCAGUGACAGUAAUGUGAAAGAUCGUGGCCCCAGUAAGAGUGCACCGGGGGAACAGAAACAAUCCACAUCCAGUUUAAAAUAGCACCGGUGACAGGAAGCAUGCUAAGGAUAUUAAACCUCUACGUGUCGUCAAGGUAAAGUGCUGCUUUGCUGUUUCGAUGUCGUAAAGGCGCAGAUAGAAGCUGAUCAACGUGAAAUCUUAUAAAGAAACCCUUUCGAUACGAAGCAGAAAAGCCGAAUUUAGCAAAUGCAAACGUGCUGUUGCGGUACACAGAUGAUGAUUUACCCCCCGUCACUUUAAACAUGGUCGUUUCUGUUUGCACAUUAUCAAAGGUGGCCACACCGACCAUGCCGACGAUAACUAGCGACAACAUAAAGAAAGGCGUAAGCACGCAAUCACUUACUUCUGUAUCAUUUUUUUUUUUAUUGUUUAAUAUGAUGUUUCUAACUUAUAACGGCAAAAUAGCGACACGGCAUACGCAAAAAAGCAAAAUGGCCGAAUGUGAUGCCUCAGUGUUGUUGCUAAGCUUCGGAAACAAUUCGACACCGCAUUCGCAAAUGGAUCACCCGUUGUAUAGCUUUCCAAAUGCCUACUGGACGUUGGGCACAAGGUGCGGUGUGUGAAUGAUCGUAAAGGCAUUAGGAUUCAGCAAAACUAAUGGCUCCACACAAUGUUCGCGUGGCGUGUUAAUGUGCUCUUGAAAACAAACGUUUUCUUUGGUUUAUUUUUGAUGUUCUGCUCACUGCCUUCACGUGUAAACAUUAUUUGUGAAAUGUAAACAACAAAACAACUAAUUGAUUCCUAGUGUGUGGCGCCAGAUGACCUGCAACCGCGGAAACCUGACUAAUGCGACCACUACGGAAUACAGACGCCUAGAACGUUGCACGGCGGAAAGCGCUAGCGUUCCUUCUGCUGGCCUCUGUGCGUGAUUGUCCCGUUACGCGGCACACAGACAGUUUUCUGUUACAAGCUAAUUGAUUUGUUUCAUUCAGGAUUUUUUUGUCGUUGUAAGCUUAAUUUUAUAUCUUUAUUCUUUUUUGUGGGAUUAUUGAAUUUAAUGUUCGAUAAACGAAGUUACUAGACGCAUAAGGAACGACACACUACUAAGCGAGGAAUACGCACCCUCUUAGGGUAUAAGCGCAAAAUAAUACUAGAAUAAUAUAAAAAAAAAUUACAAAAAAAGUGUAAAAACAUAAAUGAUGCAAAGAUGAUAAAUUUACGCGAAACAAAAAAAUAUGUCGAAAAAAUCGUUGCUAGCCGCGCAGAAGUUAGAAAUGAUCGAGAGAGAGAAAGAGCGUCAGGUUAUAAACGAAAUAAUUGCAGCACCGCAAUUAAUCAAACCUAUACACAUGGAACUUUUGUAAAUACUAUCCUUUAUAUCAACCAGUUUACAUAAAAAUAAUCUGUAAGACGAUUUCCGGGCGAGUUUCAAUGUUUCUGAAUUUCUUUGUC